AUGUCCAUUUCCAACGUCAGUCCAAUCCCGACAUUGGACUUCUCACUAUAUACCAAUGGAAACGCUCUGGAGCGCAAGAACCUAUGCAGACAGCUCGUAGACUCUUUCCAGAGAUGGGGAUUUGUGCAGUUGGAGAACUAUGGGAUUUCAGAAGCCAAGAUCCAGGAAUUGUUUGACUUGAGCAAGCAAUUCUUUGCGCUCAAACACGAGGACAAGAUGACCGCUCCACAUCCUCCUAUUCCGAAUCCUCAUCGGGGAUACAGCUAUGUUGGUCAGGAAUUAACAUCGAGUCUGAGCCGCGAGCGUGAGCUGGCCGCUCGACAAGGUCGUCGUCYCAAGGACGUCAAAGAAACCUGGGACUGGGGCGAUCGAGGAGACAUGACAUAUCCAAACAUCUGGCCGGAUGACGAACUGUUACCAGGGUUCCGUACCGUCUUGGAGGAGCACUACACACAAUCCCAUGUUUUACAUCUCGAAAUACUGCAGGCAGUAGCAGAAGCGCUCGGCAUUCCUGGGGACUUUUUCAAACAGCACAGCCCUCCGACAGCUAGCGAAGCACGGCUUGCCCAUUAUCCCGAAAUAGCUGCUGGCGAGUUCGGCCAUGACAAAGGCACUGGAAGGAUCUCCGAGCAUACUGAUUCGGGGUCGAUCACACUUCUAUGGCAAGAUACUGUCGGCGGACUUGAAAUUGAAGAUCCGGUGUCGAAGAACUUCAUUCCCGUGCAAGCGCCACAUCCAACACUUUUGGUGAAUCUUGGCGACGCCAUGGAGCGAUGGAGCAAUGGUGUCCUCCCAGCAGCCUAUCACCGAGUGGUCCAGCCUCAAAUGGUACAGUCAGUGACAGGCGACAUGAUCCCAGCGCGGUAUUCAAUUGUGCAUUUCGCGAAACCGGAUCGGGAAGCCAGUCUCGCGCCGUUGGAUAUUUUCGUCACGGCGGAACGGCCUGCAAUGUUUGAACCCCUCAGCGGUGCGGAGCUGAACCAACGGACGCUACUGCAGACAUACGAGCGCACAUGA